AUGGAGCAGCUUCUCCGGAGAAACCGUCUGGGUCUGCUGAAGUCCCUGCUGAGCCUCUCCCUGUUCUUCGCCUCCCUUCUCUUGCUCCACAAGCUCAAAGUUCCCGAGAAGGACAACAUGGGCACGUAUAGGAGGCACGCCGGUUGGUGCGGGGAGUGUUUUUCGUCCAAGAAGGAGGACAGCAAGCAGACAUCUAUGAGCCAUAACCACCCGACGGUUCCGGGCGCGCAGCGGCUUUCCAACCGAAGCGCUCCGUUCUGGGACGUGCAGGUGCUGAACUGCAGCGAGGACGCUGCGGUGAAAACAAAGGACUUGUUCCGGAGGCUGGACCCGAGGUUUCACCAGUUCGUCCUGCACCGCCACUGCAGGUACUUCCCGAUGCUCAUCGAUCACCCGGAGAAGUGCACGGCCACUGACGGAGGGGUGCACCUCCUUAUGGUGGUCAAGUCCGUCAUUGAGCACCACGAUCGGCGCGAGGCGGUGCGUAAAACCUGGGGCAGGGAGCACACAGCGGAAGGGAAGACCGUAAAGACCCUCUUUCUUUUGGGGAGUCCUUCCGUUGGCAAAGAUGCCAAGAACCUGCAGAAGCUGAUCCAAUACGAGGACCAGAUCUACGGGGACAUCCUGCAGUGGGAUUUCAUGGACACCUUCUUCAACUUGACUCUGAAAGAGGUCAACUUUCUCAAAUGGUUCGACAUCUACUGCGCGGGCGUGCAGUUUAUAUUCAAAGGGGACGACGAUGUGUUUGUGAACACCAAGAACCUGCUGGACCUCAUCGCCUUCAAAGUGGAGGUGCACAGCGAGACCACCCUGUUUGUGGGGGACACCAUUUCCAAGGCCAUUCCCAUCCGGAACAGACAGAGUAAAUACUACAUCCCCAGGGAGCUCUUUGAUAAGCCAUACCCUCCUUAUGUGGGUGGAGGGGGGUUCCUCAUGUCCUCAAUGGUGGCCAGGAGACUCUUCGUGGUCUCCGAGGACAUGGAGCUGUACCCCAUUGACGACGUCUUUUUGGGCAUGUGCCUGCAGAGCCUCCGUGUGAGCCCGGAGAUGCACUCUGGCUUCAGGACCUUCGGCAUCACCAGGCGCCGGGUGAGCCCCAUGAACAGCGAGCCGUGCUUUUACAAGAACCUCAUCGUGGUGCAUAAACUGAGCGCCCAGGAACUCCUCAAGAUGUGGAGCCUGGUGCACCACGACGAACUGGUUUGUGCACGGAGGACCUCUGUAUGA